AAAUCCCAGGUGACCACAUACUGGAUGCCUUUCCGUAUUUUCAGGCUGCUGCUUUGGGUGUUUUUCUUUCUUUUUCACCCCCCCCCCCCCAAUUGCAACAUAUUCUACUAAAAGAGAGGGUGCGAAAUUACUGCACAUUUUGCUUGGUAAUAUCAGCAACACUCUGUCUUGGAACUCCUAUUUAGCAAAAUUAAUUUGAAAAAAGACAUUUUGAAAGAGUUCCAAAAUAUCAGUGCUCACAGACAUCCUUAAACUUUCAAAAUAGUGUUUUCAGGUGAUUACAAAUUUAUAAAGCAAGUUGGAGAGAAGAAAAAGGAAUUUUGAAGAGAAGACAAUCUUCUUUGCUCACAGCCAUGAAACCAGUAUCAGUUCUUGCCUUCAGUUUAUGCUUAUCCCUCUGUAUUUUGGGACAAAAGCAGGAGGCAUACCUGAUAGAAGAAUGUGUAAGCAAAAGCUAUAGUCAAAAUUCUUGUGAGAAAGUUUUCUGCCAGCCAUGGCAAAAGUGUGUGCAUGGCUCCUGUAUCUGUAAGAUACCCUACCAGUGCCCCAAAAAUGGCACCGUGGUUUGUACAGCUAAUAGAAAAACCUUCCGGACCUAUUGUCAACUGAAAAGCUAUGAAUGCAAACAUGAAAUGAGCAAAUUUCUGCACAGAGGGAACUGCAACCUUCAAGGCACUUUUCAGAUUUUCUUCGGCCCAAACAGUACAAGCUCCGAGGGAACUCUACAAGUUGAAAUGACUCCCCAUCAGAAGAUGUUCAUAUGUGGGUCUGGGUGGGGUAUGAAUGAAGCCAACGUGGCCUGCAGACACCUCGGUUUUCCUAUUGGAGCUGAUCUCACAGAGCUAGUGGAUCCUGAUGCUGCCUCUCACCCAUCGGAAUGUCUUAAAGCAACUUGCAGAGGAAUAGAGACAAGCCUUGCUGAAUGUACCUUGUCUAGACAGAACUGGAAUAGUCAGAAAUUGGCAAAAGUGGUGUGCCAUACUCAGCCUAAAGAUUGUUCUUCUGGAGAAUUCCGUUGUGUCAAUGGAAAAUGUAUGCCUUCAGAUAAAGCAUGUGAUGGAAUUAAUGACUGUGGAGAUUUAAGCGAUGAAUUGUGCUGUAACGCAUGCAGAGGAGAAAGCUUCCACUGCAAGUCAGAUGUUUGCAUUCCAAACAAGUACCUCUGUAACAACGAAAUGGAUUGCCUGACUGGAGAAGACGAAAGUCAGCAAUUAUGUGCUAACAGAGGUGGUGAAAACCAAAGAGAAGAAGGAGAAGUUGAAGAGUCCAUGGAUGAAGAAAGAAAGAAGACCAAAAUGUAUUUACCCCAGCUACACUGUGGCAUUGCAAAGCACACACAGUCUCGUCAGAAGCGAAUUGCAGGCGGGAUUACUGCACAAAAGGAUGAAUUUCCAUGGCACAUGUCAAUUAUAAAUGAAUAUGGCAGAAUGCACUGUGGUGCGGUUUAUAUUGGGGGAUGCUGGGCUUUGACAGCAGCAAACUGUAUUGGACCAGAGUACCUAGCUUAUAGAAUUUGGUCGGGAUUAUUGAAUUCUGUACGUGGAAAUGAAGGAAUUGACUCACAUUUUCUAAAGAGAGUGAUAUUUCAUGAGAAGUACAAUUUCCAAACACGUGAAAACAACAUUGCGUUGUUGGAGAUGGGGAGAUGUCGGUUAUCCAAUUCCAUACCAGCAUGCAUCCCUUGGUCACAAUAUAUGUUCAAAAGCGGUCACCAGUGCAAAGUCUCUGGCUUAGGAUCUGUUGAAUAUAUGAGAAAACAAUAUCAACUUAGGUGGGGCUAUGUUUAUUUAAUGGAAAACUGUUCUGAAAUCUACAGAGAGAAUUUUCUUAAUGGAAUGGAAUGUGCAGGCACAGCUGAUGGCUCUGUAGACACCUGUACAAAUGAUGCAGGUGGACCCUUAGUUUGCUUUGACACUAAUAAUGUAGGAUAUGUUUGGGGUAUUGCGAGCAGCCAAAAUUGCGGUGCGCAAGGGAACCCUGGUAUUUACACAAAAGUGGCUAAUUAUUUUGACUGGAUUGGCUAUCAUACUGGACUGUCUCUGGUUUCGAGAUAUAACGUGUAACUACAGUGAUUUAAAUUCUGCAUUUAACACACUGAGAUAAUCAUAAGUAAAGAUGACUGAAGUAAAGGAGCUACGGAGAUAAUCAUAAGUAAAGGAAGACUGAACGUCCAAUCCAGUCUUGCUUCACUAAUUUUAAGUCACACUGAUUCUGGCAAAUUUGAUUCUGACUUGGUGAAUUAUUGGGGUAUUUUAUUUGUCCCUGGAUAUAUAAAAUGUUAUAGCAGCGUAAAUAAAUAAAAAAUCAAUAAGCACAUA